CAUCCCCCAAACCCAUCUCUCUCUCUCUCUCUCUCUCUCUCUCUCUCUCUCAUAAAACUCCUCCCAUGGCUGCCUCCAAGCACAGAAGUUCCUUCCCACACCUCCUCCUAGCCUGUUUGAAUUUCAUCCUCUUCAUCCUCUCUGCAGCUUCUCUCGCCCCCAUUAUACUCAUCAAAACGCCACCAUCUUCAUUUGGUUUGGCAUUCCUCCUUGUCUCUUCCACUUCAAUUCUCUCCUCCUUUGUGGGUUUCUACUCUCUCCUCACCCACUUUUGCUUCGUAACCCACCUAACCCUCCUCCUCACCUCAUCAAUCGGCCAAUUAAUCUCCAUUUUAGCCCUUUUUACGAAAGAAAAUUCGAGCCUUUCCCUUCUGAAGUCGCCCAGAGACCCCCGAGAGGCGAAAUUACUAGUGAGAUUGGAAUGUGGGAUUUUGAUGGCUAUUUUUGUAAUGCAAGUGGGAGUGUUGAUACUAACUUGCGCUGUGCAUAGUUGUCGGGUUAGAGAGUAUGAGGGAUUAGAAGCUGAAAGAGAGGUGACGGAGAAGAAAAGGAGUCGAAGGAUCGCGAGGGUGCAGGAGUCGUCGAUGGCGAAUUCAGAGAAAAUAGCCGAGAUGAAAGCGAUGGAAUUGGAUGAGAAGAUGAAGAGCAAGUAUGGGCACUUGAUGAAAACUGACUUUGAAGGCUAAAUGGUUUAAUGGAGGCAUUUGAAUGUUCUGUUUGUUGAUUUGUGCUUUAAGGUUCUUGUACAUCUGAAGAUGUUCUUGUUCUCGUUCUCGUUCUUGUUCUUGUUCUUGUCGUACUUUUCUGGGGGUCACUAUGGGGUGGCCACUGGAAACUCUAUCUAAGCCCAUAAAUGUUAUUUGAUUUGUGAUGUUCUCUGUA